GGGCUUAGGUGAUUGCUAGCCAGCUCCCUGGCCUGCAUACGAGAGAACUCUGCGUGUGUGCGUGCGUGCGUGCGCGCGCGCGCGCGUGUGUGUGUGUGUGCGUGUGUGUGCGCGCGCGUGCGUGCGCGUGUGUGCGUGUGUGCGUGUGUGUGUGUGUGUGUGUGUGUGUGUAGGUGGGCUGGGUGCGGUGAGGAGGGGCCCGGAAAGCUUGUAUGACCAAUGGCGGCGUCGAAGAGUAGGGCAUCAGACGGGGAUCCACCAGACGGACGGUCGCACGUGGAAGGAGGAGCAAGGAAGCGGAUAAAGUACACGGACGAGAUGAAGUUGAUUUUGGAAGAGUCGUUUCAGAAGAGUAUGUUCCCCCCUCGUGAGACACGAAUGGCGCUUGCAGAAGCAACAGGUAUAAGCUUGGAGCAAGUGACGGUGUGGUUCCAGAACCGGAGGUCAGGGAGGAACGCAGCAGGCGUGAUUGCAGCUAGUCUGGGCGCUGCGGCGGCAAAGAACAAGGACUACGACAUGAUUGGUGGCAGCGGUGCAGGAGGGUUGAGAGACAACAAGGAGGGGUCGAGCAGCAGAGAGGACUUGGUUGGUGGGAGACCUGACGUGAAAGCGGAGCUCUUGUCCGCGGAGCAAUUGAGGGAGAGGAAUGGGUCCCCAUCAAGCGGAGGAGGGGGGUCAUACGUUUGUGGUACGUACGGAAAAGGUUCGGCCAAAGGAGGAGGAGGAGGAGGAGGAGGAGGAGGAGGAUCUUCGACGAGCAGAGUGGGUGGAGGAGAGUUACCAGGAGGGGGGGGGCCCGGAGAGCUCUCCCGAGUUGGCGGCAAGAUUGUCGUUGGCGGGUAUCAUGAUCAGCAGGGCCACAGCCACCAUCCACACGCCGCGCCUCACAUUCCCAUAGUCUCUGUAUCGCACUUGCAUUAUCAUAAUAACUCGCAGUCAAGGGGUGGUGGCGGCGGGUCGGUGCCUGCGGUGGAAGAUACGCCGCCUCCACACUCCUCUCGCCUUCUUCCCCCCGUCCCAAGCCCGCCAGAAACGGCUGGCGGUGGGGUUGUGCCUGGGAUACCGGGGAAACCGGCGCGCAGUUCUUCACCGUUCGGCGGAGGCGGUAGCGUUAGUACUAACCGGGUGCUCGCGCCGGGUGCCUCCGCCUCUCUUCCGGGAACUGGCGGCGGUCUCCUUUUGAGCGCGAAGAUGGAGCCCGAGGGUUCGUCGAUCUUGGGCGGCGCGGGUUUUGAUCCCGUCGCCACGUUCGCUUCGCGCGUGUAUCCGACUCCCACGGGGAGUGGAGCGGGGGCAGCAUGUCUAUCCGCCGCCGCCGCAGCUAGGGAGGGGAGCCCGGGGCCGGGGUCGACAGCGGUAGCGUUGGCCGGAGGCUACCAGACGGUGAUGAUGCGGGGGCGCCUCGGAACGCCAGAGGCACGGCAGCAACAGCCAUUGGGCGCGAGCACGGGGAGCAACAGCGGAGUAGGAGGCAGCAACAGCAAGAUCGAAAUGGACGCCUCUGGCGGCGCGGUCGUCGGGUCUGGCACGCACCUAGUAUACUCGAAGUUGCCUCUAGGCAUCGGGAUCUCGUCUGCGAUACGUAAGGACAAUGGGGAUGAUGAGGAGAAUGCGGAGGAGCGGGAAAAGAAAUGCUACGAUGGUGAUGAUGAAGAAGAAAAUGCGGACGAGAGUUAGGGCCUCGUUCCACCAAUGACCAAAUGUGCAACUAAAAAAUGACUCUCCCGCCCGGUAGAACAUGGGAAGGUACACACACACCGCCAUGACUUUUGUCUUUGCCCGAAUGUAGGGAGUGGAGUGAGCAGGAUAACGAUAACGAUAAAGCGUUGUGCGUGAU